AUGAGUCUCGACCCGACGUACCUGACGUUGUUGACAGUACCAUUUUCUUACCUGAAGAAACACCCUCGGCCACCUCCUCGAUAUCGAGAGGACGAUACCGUGUCAACUCCAAUUCGCGUCCAAACGACUGCCGGUAGCGCAACUGACUCGCCUCCACCGGCUGCUCCUUCGAGCACCCAUUCGCCAAUUUCGUCUCUUCACCUGCUUCAACACAUGACUCUCCGCAGCAUCAAGACGAUGUUGCACCGCCUCCUUCGUCUUCCUCAUCUCCGCGCGUAA